AUGGCGGUUGAUGGGUAUAGCCUUCUAUCAACCACCUCAGAUGAUGAGGCCCAAAACUUAGCCACACCCCAAACCUGGAGAGAGGCUUGGGAAGUACAUUUCCAUAGGAUCGAUAGGAUCCUGGGCAGGAUCGGGGGGAUCCUGAGAUCUCAGGAAUGCAAGCUGCUCCUUGUGUGCUUAGUCCUAGCUCUCACUGUGUUCGUGGCGGUGUUUAACCUCCAAAUCAUCAAUGGACUCAUCAAUGACCCGGCUCACCCAGAAAUUGUCCACCAAUGGCUGCCGUGGUUCUUUGGGCCAGGCCUCACACCUGAGGCCUUGGUCUGGUCUGCUUGGACCCAGGCCAUCAUCCUCCCACUCCUUGGUGCCCUUGGCACGGCAUCCUGUAUCCUGCGCUUGGGAAGGUCAAAGAAUUUCACGAUGGAAAUUGCGAGCCUCAUGGCGCCCCCCUGGAUUUUCUCCCACCUCUUGUGGUGGGAGUAUGAGUUCUUGAGAGGCCUCGAGGAGCCGCCCACUGAGGAGCGGCAGCGCGAGCUGAUUGAAUGGUCUUGGGGCGCCCACUUAGUUCUCCUUUGGUUGACGGCUGACAAGCUGCGACUUCUUGGGUGGUGGAGGGUGGCACCAUGUUCUUCGCUGAUGUGGCUGGUUUGGUUGGAGCCUCGCAUGUUGGUGUGGCCUACCAUGCUGAAACCGGGAUGGACUCCGUGGAUCGGGGCGGCAGUCGCGAUUGGCAGCUGGCCAUUUCUGAUCCUUUCCACGGGGCUGCAGGCAUGGGCAUUGUGGACGGCGGCAGACGAAGCAUCCCAAUUUCGAGAGAUUCGGAAGAACUGGGCAGAGCAAGUUGAUGGAGAGGUCUUCUUUCUUCGAUGGGCCGCAGUUCUUAGCACUUGGGAUGCAGUCUAUAUGCCACUAGCGGAGCAUUUCAUUGUUCCUAAGGUUGGCUUUGCCUGGUACCUCGCUUUGGAUGCCUUUUUCAUGUUUUUCACGAUUCACGUGCUUGGAUAUGCGGCCGAGACUCUGGAAGCAGUAGGCGACAUGGCAAGACUCCAGGGCAAGCGAAUCGCUUUCCCAGGGAAGGUGAACCCAGAAGCCGAGGAUUGCAUCGUAAGCUUCCCCGGCAAGUAUAGCAAAGAGUGGGAUGAUGCGGUUAAGGAAGCACAGGGACAGUCAAGCCUCUGCAGCUUGGCUUGUGUUUUCUUGACCAACAAGCAGAGCGGGCUCGGUGGCCACGCUGAAAAUCCUGAAGGAUGCGGAAGUUGUUUCUGCCAAGCACUCUAUGGGAACGUGGAUCCAGCAACCUACCUCAGCACAGUCGAGGAGGACCUGCCAGAACAAGAGUUGCUCUUCAAGAAAAGCGAUGCUGAGGCGAUGGGCCAGGUUCUCCUCAUACGGCAAGAAGAAAGUGAUGCUUCCUGGACCGCGAGGAAGAAAGAAGCACUCCUGAAAGCGGCCGCCAAAUGCAAGGAGAACCACUACCGCGCGCCCUGGGGGUGCCGAUGGUUUGCCGACUGGAAGGAGAAUGUGGACAAAGCGCAUCAGCAAGGGCAAAAGCUUCACGUUUUCUACUUUGAAGGGAAAGUGGGAUGUGGUAAAAUGGUCUGGGAGGACCUCAAAGAUGAGACGAAACUGCAGGAGGUUCGCGAUAGCACGGGCCUAGGCAAGUCGCAAACCGCAGAAGUCGCAUGGUUAGAUCGCUUGCGCAUCCCCUAUGAGGAGCACGAUGUGGGUGACUUCUACAGAUUUAUUCUGCAACAUCAGAACAACAAUAGGUGA